AUUAAUACUUGGCUUAUGAACGCGGCCAUUUUCGAACAUCCACGUGUUGUUUGUUGGAAGUGCUUUCAAUUAUUUCUUUCGUAUGAAAAAUAUUAAAAUCGAAGGUUUUAGACGGAAGAUUAAGAUUUACGGAUUUGUAGAAGUUGUGAUAGUCAUUGAAUAUUAGUAAGUUUAAUUUAGUUAUUAUUUGUUAGUUCGGUGUGUUUAACCUGAUUCAGUUUUAUUAAAUAUAGAAGGGGCGGGGCACAGUUCUCAAUAAGUACACGUUAUUUUUUGUAAAAUCAGUUUUUGUUAUUAAGUUACGUAAUCUGAAGUAAGGUAAAUUCCCGAUCGACGCAUUUAAUUAGUAUUGUGAAAUUCUUCGCAUUCAACCAGCUGAUGUUAAAAUGGCAGAACUAGACGAGAUGGUGUCGACAAAGCCGGAAGUGAACGGUGCUGAGGGGGGCAUACCCCCGGGCAAGUACCACGUGGUAGGCUGGGACCUGGACACCACCGGCCGCCGCCUCAUCGACGAGAUUUGCCAGAUCGCGGCGUUCUCGCCCGCCUCCAAGUUCUCCCAGUACGUGAUGCCGCACCGCGAUAUCAGCCUGGGGGCCCAGCGCCGGCACAACAUCAGGGUGGUCACAAUCGGCCGCUACCGCAUGCUCAAGGACUCCAAGACCGGCAAGAUUCUGAAAACCAAAAGUGAGAUAUCUGCAUUAACUGACUUCCUCCAGUGGUUGGAAGACCUUCGAGGAAGCAACUUGGAUGGCAUCAUCUUGUUAAACCAUGAAAACUUCCGGGUGAUUGCACCAAUGCUUUUGGAGUCACUCCGUCGGUACAACCUGCUGGAUAGGUUCUCUGCUGUCGUCAAGGGUUUCGUCAAUGGCUACAAGGUGGCAGAGGCCAAGUGCGCCGAGAGUGUUCGCUUCUUCCCGUUGCGCACUCUGUCGAGGAUUCUGCUUGAUAAGGAUCCCAUCCUGGACAAUGCUGAGGAUCGUGCAGAACUUAUUUAUGAGAUUGCUCAUCGAUUAUGCGUUGAAGAUGAAAAACCAGAUGAAACUAAUGGUGGUGAUGGUGACUGUGCUGCUGGUGAUACCAAUUUAAUUUUAGGGAAGGCAAUCUGUAAAUUUGGUGUUACUCUAGAAGUUGAGGAGAAAGCGAUAGAGGAGAUCAAAUUAGUUCUUGACCGACAGAAGAAUCUUACCCCUGUGUUUGCCUCGCAGCUGCGUGCAACCCUUCGCCAGCGUCAGAGAGCCACCGUUCUGCGUCGGUUGCUUGCAGCAGAAGGUGUUGAAUUAGCGACUCUUGCCAAGAGCUACACAGAGAACGGAAGCGCUGGCAUCGACAACGUUCUCGCCACCUUGAGCUCGGCCAAACCAAAGGACAUCAUCGAUUUGAAGGACAUAUUGCUUGGUUACUUCGACCCUACGUACAAGCCCUCCCAGGACACGACACCCCGCAACGUCAGACCACGCAAGCCAAGGAAGGGAAGCCUUACAGAAACUAAUCCAAAUGCUGCCAAGACAAAGAGCUCCCCGGAUGCUAGCUCGAAAAGCACAGGUGCUCAUAGCGAAGAUGGUUCCCCGUCCAAGGUACAAAACGCCACAGAGCAGAGUGUCUUGAAGGUCGAACCUGAGACUCCGAAACCACCCAGAAGUGAGGCGGUACUCAACACUGUUAAGCAGGAUGUUAAGAGUGAAGUUUCAACAAAAGAACUUUCUGAAAUCAAGCCUACUGUGCCGGGUGUGCAGCUUGCUUCUCAGGAGUCUAAUAAAUCUGUCACUCCUGCUCCUGAGUCUAAACCUUCUUUGUCAGAAAGUAAGCCAACUGUGCCAGAGUCUGAAACGUCGACACUGGAAUCUAAACCCUCUUCAUUAGAGUCCGAACCCUCUUCGCCCGAGUUACACUCGUUAGAGUCAACAACUACAUGUACUGAACCACCAAAGAUUUCUUCUGUCAGCAGUGAUCCACUUCAGCAGGCACCUAGUACUCCUGAGAGUGAAGUGGUUCAAGAGGAACUUGCUACAACCAACUCACCUGCGUCCUAAGCUAGUUGACCCACUAGUUACUCUCCUAUGCAAACAGGAUGCCUGUGAGUGCCUUAUUUACAAUGCUGGAUUAAAGAAUUAAUUUUUUGUUCAUGCCAUUGUGGCCUUAAUUUGACUUAACAUAACAGAACUUGUUUAUUCUGUUGCUAUCUUAUGAUCAGAUGAUACAUCAUUGUUUGCUUCAUGAAGUGUGUUUAUUUUUCAUGUGAUACCAUUGUUGUAUUAACUUUAGAAAAUAAAUUACUGAAAUAAUCUUUAAGGAUGUAGGUACCAAUUUUUGUUGAUAUUAAAUUGAAGUGUUCUUUAAAUUACAAUUCUUAUUUUAAUGUGUGACCUAAUGCCUUAUGUAACUGAUAUUUUCACUUGUUAACCAUUUGUGCAGAUAUAAGUUUGAGAUAUUUUUUUUUACUGAAAUGUUUUGUGUUAGAAAAGACCUUUUUUUGAAUCAUUAAUAUUUAUGUAUUUUGCUUCAGAUUUUUUGAAGUAAGGGCUAAGCGUGUAUUAUUUCAAAACAGAUUAUGAAGUGUGUAUGCUAGCAAAGAUAUAUUUUGUGAUGUUAUGGCAGCAGUUAAGUUGUUAAAAUCUGAUAUAUGUAUCUUGUUAUUUUUUUUAUUUUUAAAUUCUUGUCAUAUUACAGAAAAUUUAAUUUUUUUUAUGAUUAUUUAUGAUGAUGAUAAUUGGCUAUUUAUGAUCAUUAUUUCUGUUUAUUGUGCUAAAAAAAAUUUCAAGAUCUCAUUACCUGGAAUUGUGGAAUAGCUUUUUGUUAAAUACAAUUAUUUGUGGAAGCAGUAA